CAGGCUGCAAGGAAAUGAGGAAGGUGGGUGGUUGAACUUGAACGUUGUGGCAGAGAGAGAGAGAGAGAAUGGCCAUGGUCCGAAGAGUUUCCCAAGUUGUGGGAUUGGCCAAGAGGAACAGGAACAGGAAUAUCUCCUUCAAAUCCUUGGAUCCCUUAUCUUCACCAUUAUCAUCAUCAUCAUCAUCAUCGUGUUCCUCCCUCACCCAUGGGAUCCACGUCUUUCAUUGCCCUGAUGCGGUUGGAAUUGUAGCCAAGCUAUCGGAUUGUAUUGCCUCUAGAGGUGGAAACAUUCUCGCUGCUGAUGUUUUUGUACCUGAGAAUAAACAAGUCUUCUACUCUAGAAGUAAUUUUGUUUUUGAUCCUGUUAAAUGGCCACGGGUGCAAAUGGAGAAGGAUUUCAUAAAGCUUUCACAUGCAUUCGAUGCAACGAGAUCUGUUGUAAGGGUGCCAGCUCUGGAUCCUAAAUAUAAGAUAGCUGUUCUGGCAUCAAAGCAGGAUCACUGCCUGGUUGAUUUGUUACAUGGAUGGCAGGAUGGAAGACUUCCGGUGGAUAUCACUUGUGUCAUUAGUAACCAUCAUAGAGAUUCAAACACCCAUGUGAUUCGUUUUCUUGAAAGGCAUGAUAUUCCUUAUCAUUAUUUAAGCACAACCAAAGAAAAUAAAAGAGAAGGGGAGAUAUUGGAGCUGGUUCAGAAUACUGAUUUUUUAGUACUUGCAAGGUAUAUGCAGAUAUUAUCCGGAAACUUUUUAAGGAGCUAUGGGAACGAUGUAAUUAACAUUCACCAUGGGCUGUUGCCAUCAUUCAAGGGUAGUCAUCCAUCUAAACAGGCCUUUGAUGCAGGUGUUAAAUUAAUUGGUGCAACAAGUCACUUUGUAACUGAAGAACUUGAUUCUGGACCUAUAAUUGAACAAAUGGUUGAGAGAGUUUCACACAGAGAUAACUUGCAGAGCUUUGUGCAGAAAUCAGAAAACCUUGAGAAACAAUGCCUUUCAAAGGCUAUCAGAUCUUAUUGUGAGCUUCGAGUAUUACCUUAUGAAGAAAAGAAGACUGUUGUAUUUUGACAUGAAACAGCAAAUAUUUAAAUGCACCAAAAUGGGGUGCAUAUGUAUUUGCAUUCAAUUAUUUACUUGGAAAAAAUUCACAUAAUAUUCCACUUUAGUUACAAAAAAUGAGCAUAAAAAGAAGAAUAAACUUGAUUCAUUUGGUCCUUAUCACAUUGAUAAUUCCGUGAAAUGAAUUCAGCAACUUCCAAAGUUCGUGACUCUGAUUGGCCCUCGUCAUCUCUGUAUGCCUUCAACAAAUUUUCUCUUCUGGGUUGUGUAGGCCCAUAUGACAUCCAGUUACCAACCGGCCCAGUUAUAAACCUUAAAAUUUUAAAUCUUUUUAUAUAUGUGAUUUUUACCUUCAAAUAUGCACUUAUCUCCUAUUUGCAUAUUUUGCCUCCCCCUUUUGCCAUCGACCAUCAUAUUCAAUCCAGGUAUCACUAUCUGAACACUUUCAUUUUUAUUUUACCACCUACAUAUUAGGCUUCAAUAUAUAUGCAUAACUCUAUUAAAAUUGAUCCACAGGCUACCCAAAACCAUGAAGGCAAUUACUUCUAUCAAGUUGGCUUUUUUGAUUAUCUUUAUCCAUGCAUCAGGUUUACCAUUCAAAAGGAUGAAAGGUUUAGGGGCACAAGCCGAAACGUAUAAAUGCAAAACUAAUGCAGAUUGUGAAAGACAAUGUGAUCCCAGAGGCUGCAUGAAGAACGUCCUUUUCUUGCCUAGUAACUGUGUCAAUGGCCUUUGUGAGUGCCCCUUUGGUGGGGUACCCUACAUUGCAACUAAAACCCUCCCAAAUUCAACUUGCAAAGUUGAUGGUGAUUGCUCAAAGCAAUGCCCUUCUGAAUGCAACGUUAGAAGCUGCGUUGAGUACAAGUGUAAAUGCGGGUGUCAAGGAUCAUCAUGAGAGGAAGCAUCCUCCUUUAUUUUUACUCCAUUGGCUAUCCAACUCAGUUCCUUUGCCAAUGUGUAAUGUCUAUUAGACCGUGAACUAAAUAAUAUAUGGACUAAAGUUAUUGA